AUGGAGCUGGAUAUGACAACAUUGAUACCACAGCCUGCUCAGAGAAAGCUAAUCGGCACAGGAAUCCGCGUGUCGAAUACACCAGUCGCCGUCAACAACGCCACUGCAGAUAUCACAAUCUUCUUGAUGAUUGGCGCCUUAAGACAGGCAUAUGUUCCGAUAACUGCGAUUAGAGCUGGACAAUGGCAAGGGAAGGCUAAACUAGGACAUGAUCCCCAAAUGAAGGUCCUUGGUAUCCUAGGAAUGGGCGGCAUUGGCAGGGAAGUGUCACGUCGGGCAAAGGUGUUCGGAAUGAGGGUCAUCUACCACAAUCGAAAUCGACUUGCUCCAGAGCUCGAAGAAGAUGCAACUUACGUCUCGUUCGACCAGCUACUCGCCCAAUCGGACGUGCUCAGCCUCAACCUCUCACUUAAUGCAUCAACCCGCCACAUCAUCUCUUAUCCAGAAUUUGCAAAGAUGAAGGACGGUGCAGUGAUCGUGAACACCGCUCGAGGGGCGCUGAUUGACGAAAAAGCACUCGUCUCCGCAUUGAAGUCUGGCAAGGUGAGCUCGGCUGGUCUCGAUGUAUACGAGAACGAGCCGUCCAUCGAACCAGAGCUGCUGGACAACCCCAAGGUCAUGUUGCUUCCACAUAUCGGAACAGCUACCCUUGAGACGCAGAAGGAAAUGGAGGUGUUGGUCCUCGAGAAUGUGCGAUCGUGUCUCCAAUCGGGGAAAUUGAUCACGCCCAUUCCGGAGCAGCGAGAUGCAUGGAAAAACCAGGCCGGCGCGACCAACGGUAAUGGCAUCGGCUGCAACGGCAAUGGCAUCAGCGCCUGCAACGGGCGAAAGAACGGACUCGAAAAAACGCAGAAGCAUCACGACGACAACCAACGGGACCAUCAACAACCACCCUUCGCCCUCCAACCGCCCUUCGUCAAGAUGGUCCGUUACGCUAUCCAGCCCGCCUCCAGCGCAAAGAGCGCCAGCGCUCGCGGCUCCUAUCUUCGAACCAGCUUCAAGAACACCCGUGAGACCGCCCAGGCCAUCAACGGACUCAAGUUGCAGCGUGCUGUGACUUUCCUCGAGAAUGUAAUUGGACACAGGGAGGCUGUUCCCAUGCGAAGAUAUGCCGGUGGCACUGGACGAACUGCUCAGGGCAAGCAAUUCGGUGUUAGCAGGGCCCGCUGGCCCGUCAAGUCCGCGGAGUUCCUCCUCUCUCUGCUCAAGAACGCCGAAGCCAACGCCGACACCAAGGGACUCGACACCGGAAACCUCAUCGUCAAGCACAUCCAGGUUAACCAGGCUCCCAAGCAAAGACGACGAACUUACCGUGCCCACGGUCGUAUCAACCCAUACAUGUCCUGCCCAUGCCACGUUGAGAUGAUCCUGACCGAAGGCGAGGAGGUUGUCCAGAAGAGCACCGAUCUAUCCGGCGCCAGACUUUCGUCGAGACAACGUGGUAUCCGAACCCGCCAAGCCAUCACUGCCGCAUAA